AUGGGGCACAUUUCAUCCCGCCCCCUCGAAGUAGCACUAACGGUCUCGUUAGUGCAAACGCAGAAUAAUCUCGACAACGGCGUGAGCACUCCGACGCGCGUGACAGGAACCAGUCGUGCGACCACAACACAAGCGACGACGCAGACCACAAGCUCCAGUGCAAACUCGACGGACCCUCCAGCGUACUUCGUGAUGGAGGGGGACCUCAAGCCUUGGGAGCCCUACAGCUUGGACGGCGCCGAGGAACCCGAGACGCUGGACACGACGAAGGACUUUUUCGCUCGCUGCCGCGCGAUACGUGGGAAGGCGACCAACGUCACGUACACACACGAUCCCCUGCAGCGCUCGUGGUGCUCUUAUUUCCGACGCUGGAACGGCGCGCGACGUGAAGGCCUGUUCUUCACGUCCUGGCUCGAAGACCGCGAGGGCAAUAGGAGCAACCACGCUAUUGACGAGUGGCGAAUCUCCUACGUGCACCUUGUGGAAGGCUGUACGAAGUGCUCUGAGACUCGGGAUCGACCGAGUCGCACUGAAUGGGAGCAUCAACUGGAGCUCUGGCCACGGAGCGAGGUAGAGCGGCAGGCAAUCGGUCGCUACGACCGAUCAUGA